AUGCACAGGCGAAUUCGUCCGCUCUCUGUUUUUUACUUUGGUGAACGGAUCAAGAUUUCAUGUCUCAAACCCUUUUUGAACAAUUUUAGACUUGUUAAUGUGUUGGAUUUGGAGGGCACUAGAAUAAUUGGUCAUUUUCCUCAAGAAGUAACAUUAAUGGUUCAUAUAAGAUACUUAGCAAUCACAUGUAGUGGGGGUUCAGAACUUCCAGAAUCCAUUGCGAAUCUAUGGAAUCUGCAAUUCUGGAUGGUGUACAAUCUUGAGGUAAAUCACUUGCCGAAAUCCUUUUGGCAGAUGAAAAGCUUGAGGCAAGUACAUAUUCACAAGAUGCCCUUGGCAUUACCGUGGAGUUUCAUAUCGACAUUCGAGCAAUUGCCUAAACUGGAGGUUCUCAAGUUAGUGUACCAUGGAUUAAGAGCCAAAAGAUGGGACGUGAAGGAUGGCACAUUCUUGAAUCUCAAGUACUUGAAACUCCAAUUCUCUCGUUUAUUGAAGAAUGGACUGUACAAGGGGAGCCAUUCCCCAGCCUCGAACGACUUACUUUGA